AUGUCUCUUCCCAAGGACUUCCAGUGGGGCUUUGCCACUGCCUCGUACCAGAUCGAGGGCUCCAUCCACGAGGAUGGCCGUGGCCCGUCCAUCUGGGACACCUUCUGCGGAAUCCAGGGCAAGAUCGCCGACGGCAGCUCCGGCGUGGUGGCCUGCGACUCGUACAAGCGGACCAAGGAGGAUAUUGACCUGCUCAAGGAGGUAGGCGCCAAGGCGUACCGCUUCUCCAUCGCCUGGUCGCGUAUCAUCCCGAUCGGCGGCCGCAACGACCCCAUCAACCAGAAGGGUAUCGACCACUACGUCAAGUUCGUCGACGACCUCAUCGAGGCCGGCAUCGAGCCCUUCAUCACCCUCUUCCACUGGGACCUGCCGGACGGUCUGGACAAGCGCUACGGCGGGUUCCUGAACAAGGAGGAGUUUGGCGCCGACUUUGAGCACUACGCGCGCGUGCUGUUCAAGGCCAUCCCCAAGUGCAAGCACUGGAUCACAUUCAACGAGCCGUGGUGCUCGUCCAUCCUGGGCUACAACAGCGGCUACUUCGCCCCCGGCCACACCUCGGACCGCAGCAAGUCGCCCAUCGGUGACAGCAGCCGCGAGCCGUGGAUCGUCGGGCACAACAUCCUGGUGGCGCACGGGCGGGCAGUCAAGGCAUACCGCGAGGACUUCAAGCCGACGCAGGGCGGCGAGAUCGGCAUCACGCUCAACGGCGACGCCACGCUCCCCUGGGACCCGGAGGACCCGGCCGACGUCGAGGCGUGCGACCGCAAGAUCGAGUUCGCCAUCUCGUGGUUCGCCGACCCCAUCUACUUUGGCCGCUACCCGGAUUCCAUGCGCAAGCAGCUCGGCGACCGCCUGCCGACCUGGUCCCCCGAAGACAUCGCGCUGGUCCAGGGCUCCAACGACUUCUACGGCAUGAACCACUACACGGCCAACUACAUCAAGCAUAAGACGACCCCGCCGCCCGAAGACGACUUCCUGGGCAACCUCGAGACGCUCUUCUACAACAAGAACGGCGACUGUAUCGGCCCGGAGACGCAGUCCUUCUGGCUGCGCCCACACGCGCAAGGGUUCCGCGACCUGCUGGUCUGGCUCAGCAAGCGGUACGGAUUCCCCAAGAUCUAUGUCACUGAGAACGGCACGUCGCUCAAGGGGGAGAACGACAUGUCGCUGGAGCAGAUCGUCGAGGACGACUUCCGCGUCAAGUACUUUGAUGACUACGUGCGUGCCAUGGCGGCUGCGCACACCGAGGACGGCGUCAAUGUCCAGGGCUACAUGGCCUGGUCGCUUAUGGAUAACUUUGAGUGGGCUGAGGGUUAUGAGACUCGCUUUGGUGUCACUUAUGUUGACUAUGUCAACGACCAGAAGCGCCACCCUAAGAAGAGCGCCAAGAGCCUCAAGCCGUUGUUUGACAGCCUCAUCCGGAAGGAAUAG